CACUUCUCUCCCAAAACAUGAAAUUUUUGAGGUUAUGGUUUUGACAACAAACAGAGAACUUCCCAAAAAUACCAAAAAAACAUCCCCGGAGAACAAUUUUAGGCAAUUUUACUGUUAUUCUGAAAGAAAAUGAAGCAAAACAAGAAGGGAAGUAAGAAAAGAAAAGCCCCACCGAGUUUUGUGGAAGCAGACGCACCGGAAAUCAAACGUCCUCAGGGGAACCUCGUGUGCCUCAAUGAGAGGAAGUUGAUUGUGGUGCUCGAGGGGGCUCAGCUGGAGGUUACAAAGGUUGGGAAUGUCUUUGAGCUGCUCAAUUGUGAUGAUCACACAUCGAUUCUCCGGAAGCACGGACGCUCCCCGGGCUCCUGUCGCCCUGACAUAACACACCAGUCCCUCCUGAUGCUCCUCGACAGCCCGCUAAAUCGCGCAGGACUCCUUCAGGUGUUCAUUCGCACGCAUCAGAAUGUUCUGAUUGAAGUAAAUCCCGCCACACGCAUCCCGCGGACAUUUAAACGCUUCGCCGGGAUGAUGGUGCAGCUGCUGAACAAAUUCUGCGUACGAGCAGACUCAGAAACGGGGGAGAAGCUCCUCAAGGUGAUAAAGAAUCCCAUAACAAAUCAUCUACCGGCUGGAUGUACGAAGAUCACGAUGUCCUUCACAGGAAGGCUGGUGGGGAAUUGCCGGGAACUGGUACCGAAGGACAAACCCAUUGUCUUAGUUGUGGGGGCUUUUGCGCAUGGAAAUGUCGAUGUGGAUUACACAGAAGAGGGGGUUUCCAUAAGCAAAUUCCCCCUUUCGGCAGCCCUUACGUGUACAAAGCUGUGUAAUGCCUUUGAGGAAGUCUGGGAGGUUGAAUAAAGGAUUUUAUUUGUUAAAUUAAA